GUCAGUGUCUGGAAACCGUAUCAAAUACAUCCCAGCUGGGGUCCUGCAGCAUUCUCGGGGUCUCGCACUCCUGGAGCUGAGGGGCAAUCCACUAGUUGGGGUCGACCCACACGCCUUCUCUUUCCUUCCUAAACUCAGAAAAACGAUCUUGUCAGACGCUAAAGACCUGUCAGAGUUUCCCAGCCUGAACGGCACCUCAGCCCUAGAGAUACUGCGCCUGGACCGUGCUAGCCUCCACACUGUACCUACCACCCUCUGUCAAACCUGUCCUAAGCUCAAGAGCUUAGACAUAAAAUCCAACCAAUUAACCUCAAUACCUGAUUUAAGAGCCUGCAAAGAUCUUCGAGUGCUGGAUCUCAAAAGUAACCGCAUAUCCUCUUUAGAGGGGAGGAUGUUCCAGGGUCUGUCUCUACUGCACGAUUUGUUGCUCAGCCAUAACCUCAUCAAUGCUAUUCCUCAGGAUGCAUUCCAUGGCCUUGAGAAGCUUCAAGUACUAGACUUAGAAAACAAUUUAAUUCAAGACAUUCACCCUGAAGCUUUUUUGGCUUUCACACACCUUGAAGACUUAAAUCUAGGCAACAACAUGUUCCCUGUGCUACCGACGGCUGGACUGGACCGUCUGCUACAUCUUAAGACUUUCAACAAUCCGCGGCUCAGGGAAUUUCCCCCACCCGAGAGUUUUCCUCGAGUACAAUCUCUGGUCCUGUCCUACGCUUACCACUGUUGUGUGUUUCUACCCCUUGUGCCAGCUGAUCCUCCUCGUCCCCCAUUGAAAGAGUCUGUCCUCUUCCCCACCGACAAUGAGUUCGACAUGAGCCUCUGGAACUCCAGCCUCACCGACAUAUGGCCACAACUCCAGAACUUGAGUAAAAAGUUCGGCACACAGAUCAAUGAACUGUGGGACAAUUUUGGUUCAGACUUUACUUAUCCUGGCAACUUACCUGCUUAUGUAGAGGAGUACUUUGAGGAUCAAGAGAAACAACAGAACGACUUACCUCCAGGACGCAUUCAGUGUCUGCCUGCUCCAGGUCCAUUCCUGCCUUGUGUUGACCUGUUUGACUGGUGGACACUGCGAUGUGGAGUCUGGGUAGUUUUCCUCCUUGCCAUGCUUGGAAAUGGAACAGUGGUGUUUGUCCUCAUCUUUUCCCGCAGCAAGAUCGAUGUACCAAGAUUCCUUGUCUGUAACUUGGCUGCAGCAGACUUCUUUAUGGGAGUAUAUUUAGGUUUGUUGGCUGUAGUGGACGCCUCUACCUUAGGAGAGUUCCGGAUGUAUGCCAUUCCCUGGCAGAUGUCAGCUGGCUGUCAGCUGGCAGGGUUCCUGGCUGUCCUGAGCUCUGAGCUGUCAGUGUACACUCUUGCUGUCAUCACCCUCGAACGAAACUAUGCCAUUACACACGCAAUGCACCUUAAUAAACGUCUCUCACUGAAACACGCAGGAUACAUCAUGCUGUGUGGCUGGACAUUCGCAAUAGGAAUGGCAGUUCUUCCCCUCUUUGGCAUAAGUGACUAUCGAAAAUAUGCUACAUGUCUCCCGUUUGAAACCGGUGGUACUUGGAGUCUAUUGUAUGUUGUAUUUCUGAUGUUCAUUAACGGAGUAGCUUUCUUAAUUUUGAUGGGCUGUUACCUUAAAAUGUACUGUGCAAUAAGGGGUUCUCAGGCGUGGAAUUCAAAUGAUUCCAGAAUUGCCAAAAGAAUGGCUCUCCUGGUAUUCACUGACUUUUUGUGCUGGUCACCAAUAGCAUUUUUUUCUCUAACUGCUGCUUUUGGUUUUCAUCUCGUAACAUUAGAACAGGCUAAAGUGUUUACCGUGUUUGUACUACCCCUGAACUCAUGCUGUAAUCCAUUUCUUUAUGCAAUUCUCACAAAACAAUUCAAGAAGGAUUGUGUCCUGAUCUGUAAAGCCAUUGAAGAAUCAAGGGUGACACGUGGUAUUGGAAGAUGUCGUCACAGUUCUAACUUCAGUAAUCGACAAACACCUGCAAACACAAACAGCCUUGUCGAUCGUUCCUCAAGAGAUCACCAACAACAUCCACCCUGCAGCUGCAAUGUCAAACUGCUCAAUGAUACUCAAACACAACGACAAACACCGAGAAUAUGGUUGCUCAACAAAUUCCGGUGGUUGUUCCUCUGCUUCAACCGAGAUUUGGACAACAGACAUCGCAUGAGGUCCGAUCAGUAUGCUUACCAGAUAGCAGAAAUCCAGCAAAAGCAACAUAAGAGAGCAUCAAGCGUCUCUUCUAGUGAGAACUUCAGUUCCUCAAGAUCUGACUCUUGGAGGCAAAAUCAUCACCAUUGUGGGAUACCAAUGCGUUUACUGGAUCCCAAAAGGCGGGCGUCAUCUUGGAUAGUGACCCGCAAGACAUCUCAGGACUCUAAUCUUUCUAGUUCUAGGAAUGACUCCUCAGGGUCAGCGACAACAGCCAGCACGACAAUGUCACGAGUGUCGAGGUCGAGUGCUUCGAGUGCCAGUGAUAGGACUAAACCGCGCCUUACAAGACAGAGUGCAAUCUCGGAUGACUGUGAGCUCCCAGGCAGUCCUGCGAGGCUGACCGUUCGCUUUCUCACGACCAUUCCCUCGGCAGCUGAGGCUAGUCAGCAGGAGGAUGAAGCCACCCCCUGUUAUGCUAUCUUACACGCUAGCCCUGAACCCUCCCCUACUCCUAGUCACCCAACUCCUCGCCACAGGAAAGACUUUUCACCAUCAAAUGAUAAAAAGUCACCCUCCUGACUGUAAAUACCUCAAACUUUUAGAAGUUGAAUUUUGUGAUUUAUGUAGAAAUCUAGUUUAAAGGUGUUUUGAGGUUGCAUUAAUCUGGUUUGGCAAGAAUAUCAACUCAAUCAUGAAUGCUAGUUUUGUAACUGAUUUAUUACUAAGUUUUAAGUUUAAACUCCUAUUAAACCAAAACUCAGACUAAAAAGGUAUUUUACGUAUUGUUUUAUGAGAAAAAGGUACUUACAUUUUAUCGUUUAAUCAUCUUUAGUAAUAAAACAGUAUGUAAAAAUUGUAAUUUAGGAUUUUAAUUUAAAUAUUAGAUUAAAUUAUUUGUAAAUACUGUGAAUUUCUAAAUAAAAGGUAUAGCUUAAUUAAAUUUGUGGCUAUAAUUUACAUUUCUAGGGAUUAUUUACCUGUUUUGUUUUUACUAAGGUAGGAAAAAUAAUUUUAUUUUAUGUGUUGUAUGUUGUAUUAUAUUGUUAAAUUAUUUAUAAUGUUAUUUGAAAUUUAAGGGUUUGUUGAAAAGGAGUGUUUCUCUUAUAUUUAAACUAUUUUGUUUUUUUCCUUUUAUAUGUCUUAAAUUACAAGUAAUAAACAAUGAAAUUACAUUUUCUACCAUUUACACUCUCAUCUCUCAAUGUAUACGAGUGUAAGCUAUAUUAGAGGUGUCAUUAUUGUAUCCUAGCGCAAUAUAUUUGACAAAAUCUCAGUUCAUGCCCCUUCCUUUGAAAUUUUAGUUGCACCAUACUUUUACACUUUCCUAUACUUUUUUUCCCAU